AUGGCUUCACGAAAACGGCAACAAAUCGUGGAACUUAGGAAGUGGGCAUCAGAGAAAGCUGCUUCAUUUAAUCGGCGUGUUGCCGUGCUGUCGCAAAUGCGCGAGGAGCUCCUCAGGCUAUCCUACAGUGUCUUGCACGGAGUGAAAGAGGCUUUGCAGGCAGCUAAGCUGGAGAAUUCUCCCGUGUUUUUCCAAGCUAAGGCUUUAGUUCAGGUGGUAGAGAAAGCUAUUGCUCAAGAACGAUCCAACGAGUCACUAUGGAUCAUCAACAAAGCACAACUAAUGUAUCUUCUUGUGUGGCACAGCGAUUCGUUAGAAGGACGACUUCAAGAUCUGAAAAACAGCGGGGCGCUGUUCGAGACAGAUGCCACGAAGGCAGAGUGUGACGAACUGAUUGCUGCACUUGCUGAGGCCCGUCGGCGUCCCGACGGCUUCGCUAUCUCAUUCGAACACUUGCGUCAAACUGCGUUAGCACCAAUUUUCGAAUCAAAGAAAGCCAAGCUCGAAGCACAUGCCUACGGCUUUGUUGUGUCUGAUGCAAAGCUCAAUACAAAUACAGGUGGAAGUGGUAUUAGCAGCAAGGAGUCCAAUCUCAGGAAGCAGCUUAUGAGCCUCAUAGACAUCCUCAGGGAAUGCGAAUUGGCCCAAAACUUCAGUACCGACACAGCAUACACUUUGCAAGAAUAUUCGAUGAGCUACGAGCCAUACUACAUAGAUAAAUCAACCAACCCCCAGUCAUGGCCUUCAGAGAAGAACAGCUGGGCAGCACUUCAGCGUAUGCAGGUCCAACAUCAAGCGGGCGGAUCCAUUGAGACAGUCAAGUACGCUCUCUCAGCAUUCGACAACGAGCUCCGCGGGCUGCUGAAGGACCGGACAGCGAUAAACCAGCAGCUGCUACUUGCUCGCCUAAAGCAGUUACCAAAGCGAAAGCGCAGGUUCUUCCAGCAGACACUCGAUGAAGCUAUCGCACUCUUUUCUCAGGAGCAGUUCCAAGAGUUGUCAGUUAUUGAGUCAAUGGAGGCCCGAUGUGUGAAGCUCCAGCAAGACCUCUCAACCGAACGGGACGAAUGUCAACAGGUGGAAGGUCGCCUUGAAAGUCUUGAUGCCUCAAUAACUGAAAGGAAACAGGCGAUAGAGAGCUGUCACGUGAUGCAUAGAAGUGCCAAGCCACCUGCGGGCUCAUCUGGAGGAGAUGCGGAGUCCAGCGACCUUGAAGGUGUGGACCCUGCAAUUUCAGCCAUCUUCUUUGCACCUUGCUCGCAAAAACGCCCUUUAGCUUCUGAAGAAACCAAAAAAGCUAUUAGGGACUUAAGUGAGGAAUACAACGCGCGCAACGGUUACGUUGCGAAUGCAGACGAGGUAGAUGAGGCAGAGCCCUUGCAGGGGGACUCUGCGGAUGUUGAAGAAGAUGUUUGCCCUUUGGGGUGCGACAUGGCAGUGUACGAGGCAAUUUUGGAGCUACGGUGA